AUGUCCUUCUCAGGCCAUGCCCAAAAGACCAGCAAAAGGACUUUUCCAAUGGAAUCUGUUCUAAUGCCCCAAGUUCCACGUGGAAAUUACUUGCAUCUUCAGGAAGAGAAGCAAAGACUACAGCUCAAGAAAUUCCUUCUUCAUAGGAUGUUUCUUGUGGCCAAGAUAACAGCAAACACAGAAAAAAAAAUUAUUGCUGACUACUAUGAACAAGUGCUUCAGUCAACUUUAAAACUUCACAAAGGAGAAGCAGUGACAGGGUUUUUGCUCAUCUAUCCUACUUCUAUUCUGCAUAUUCUUGAGUCCUCCAGUGAUACGCUUUACCAAAUUCUUUUAGAUCAUCUUGACCAGAGAAAGAAUGAUACAGAAUUUUUUAUCCAAGGGAUGAAAAUUAUAGUUGUGUCCCAUAACAUCCCGACAAGACUCUUCAUGCAAUGGCAUGUAUCAGAAAUAAAAGCUCCAGUCAUGUAUCUUGAUGAUGUCACACAGACACAGUCCCUAGAAGAGGUCAUCACCGAGUUUCUCACCCAGACUCAUAAACUGGCAAUUCACCUUUUAAAGACUGUGAAAGUGAGUGCUAAAGGACCAGGGGAUAACUUGCACCAACUAGCACCUGAAUUGCUCAUCCCAGAACAAAUAAUAAAGUACUUGUGCAAAUCUGAAGAAUUCAUGGAUCCAGAAGCUUUCCUAAACAUGUAUAAUAAACCCAUACAUAUCACUUUGGAUUCUGAGGUGGUAUGGCCUGCUCCUUCCCAUUUCUAG